ACAUACUGGCCGACUUUAAUUGUCACUCCGCCGUGGCCAUCUAAGGAACGGCAAGAGAAGUCUAGACUGUGCAACAAAGGAUGACGAUCCCUAGGCUCCGAUCGCUAGUCUUGCACAAAGUCCCAUCUGCACCUGACGGUUUUGCUCACACGAGCCAGCGUGACAAAGUCUCUCUUUGUACGCUUACCACUCGGUUCUGCCAGAUCGUUUCUUGCGGGUGCACCAAUCCAUCUACCUGUCCAUGCGUGCUCGCGUCGUUCCACAUGCAGACCCCUAUGCACAACAUAUUGAGCUCUGAUGCACCCGCGCGGUUCCUUCAAUGACACUCAGCUUCCAGCGCACUCGGUACCGCCGUGGCGGCUUAAAAGGCGGUAGCGAAUGCGAAGGAGACCCAGCAACAGCAGCCCCGAGCUAGCAAGUCAGCGAGUCGAGCUUCGCAGAUCUUCUUCCUUUUCUUGUCCUCAGCUCAUUUAUCAUCCGGCUCACAAUGGUCUUCUUUGGCUCCUUCUCCACUCUCUUCACCGCCGUUAUCUCGGCGACAGCCGCCGUCGCUCUCCCAGUUAAGAGCACGAACAUUGCGAAGCGUGCCACGCCUGCUGCCCCCCACUUUGUCAUCUACUCCGAUAAGUGGGUUUCCGGCGAGACAGGUCCCCCGGCCGUCAGCGACAUCACAGGUUACAAUGUCUUUGCUCUUUCCUUCUGGCUCACUUCCGGUCCGGCUGACCAGGCCAUUGAAUGGACCGAGCUCGACAACGCUACCCGGGCCUCCAUUAAAUCGGACUACAACAGCGCAGGCAUUAGCCUUAUCGUGUCUGCCUUUGGCUCGACCGACGCCCCCACGAGCUCUGGCGACGACCCGACUACGACUGCCAACAACCUCGCGGCGUGGGUGAUUGAGUAUGGUCUUGAUGGUGUUGACAUCGACUACGAGGACUUCAACGCAAUAAACGCGGAGGACGGGUCUGCGGAGACGUGGCUCUCGACUUUCACCACUGCGCUGCGCGCUAAGCUCCCCGCGGGCGACUACAUCCUCACCCACGCUCCCGUCGCUCCUUGGUUCUCGACCAAGUACACCAGCGGUGCAUACCUCAAGGUGAAUGAGAACGUCGGCAGCUUGAUCGACUGGUACAACGUCCAGUUCUACAACCAGGGUACCACUGAGUACACCACCUGCGACGGCCUCCUCACUGCCUCCUCGACCACGUACCCCAACUCCGCUCUCUUCCAGAUCGCCGCCUCCGGUGUCUCACUCGACAAGCUCGUCAUCGGAAAGCCCGCCGACUCGGGCGAUGCCACCAACGGUUACAUGGAUCCCACCACCCUCGCCGGCUGCCUCGAGACCGCGAAGGGCCAGAACUGGGACGCCGGUGUGAUGGUCUGGGAGUACCCCGACGCCGCUGCUUCGUGGAUCGAGACCGUCCGGUCUGUGGCAUUCCCCGAGUAAAUCAUUUGCCCAUUUAUUCCAUCAAUUAUCGCGUCCACACGUCCUGGAGAUGUGUCGGUGCGCACAGUGUACAACUAGCAAGCAUAUAUUUAUAUGGGUUUGGAGUUCGCUGUCACUGAUUCACUGGUACAUCGGUUUCCUUGGGGUCAUGUAGUAGAGGUUAUCGGGUAUCUAUGUCUGUAGCACGACGUUUGCAAAACAAUUCCUGUUGUCCCUGUAAUUUCACAACGGUUUUG